UAACAAUCCUGUUGAGUCGAAAUCCAUUGUUUGAUCUCUCCUAUAAGCUACCAAGACAGUGAUAAACGGACUCGAUUAAUAAGAGCUAGUUGGACUGAAUUGAUGAUUUAUUAUUAAAAUUACAAAGCAGUUGUGUGCUGUGGAGAGACAUGGUUAAGAGAGUACAGCGCUAUUUGUGAGAAUUGGUUCAGUUCUCAAUCGAUUGGGAUAAACAACAGCUCUUUUUCACCGUCCUCCUAACCCCCAAUGUCGUUUUGUCCCCCCGCACAUUACGUCUCUUUCUUCUCUUCCUCUCUCUUUUUCUCCUUGCCAUUCUAAACAUAUCACACAUAUCACUCGGCACAUAAUAACAACUGACCGCUAUCUGCCCACCCCGUACAUCUGUCGCUUUUCUUCUUUCUGUGCGUAGAAACAGCAACCCUAAUAAUACGACAUAGACACAUGAUCCAAAAAGAAUAAUGCCACGCUUUCGAAGUCUUUCUACCAACACUCCCCCGCCUCGAAAUUCACCAGCACAAUCGGGAAGCGCUUCGCCAACCCUCUUGACUCGUGGAUUUCGAAGCUUACGGAGAGCUCGUCGACAGUCUAAUUCCGUUCCUUCAUCGCCUAUGCCUGCUGCCUCUCAUUCAACCCCCCGAUCUACAACUUCUUCCACCAGUCAGCAGCAGCAGCAUUUGCAACAACCCAACACAUUACCUUUACAGCAAUACAAUUCUGCCCCCAUGUCUACUGCGUCCUCCUCCAUUUCUUCCUCCGGUCCUUCUGCCACUCACCAUGUGAGAAACAGCAGUGAUCUCGCAGCUUCACAUCAUCACCAUAACCGUGAAGAACAACAACAACAACAGCAGCAGCAGCAGCAGCAGCGGCAGAAUAAUUCAACGCACGGACCCCAUAUUAGACUGGUUCCCAACGUCGGCAUUGGCAAUCGUUGCUUUGUGUUUGAAAUUAUAGAUCGAACACUGGAGCCUGGAGUUAUCCUCAAGAUUGGUCGGUACAGUGAUCGCAAUGUGGCGCCGGAUCGCCUGUCGUUCAAAAGCAAAGUUGUGAGUCGCAGUCAUGCCGAAUUAUGGGUUCCUGCGGAUGACAAUAAGAUCUUUAUAAGGGAUGUGGGAUCAUCGAGUGGUACAUUUGUCAACAGAGCACGAUUAUCACUAGCAGGUGUGCGUAGUUCUGCUCAGGAGAUCAAAGAUGGCGAUCUGAUCCAACUGGGUGUGGAUUAUCAAGGUGGCAUUGAACCUAUGUAUCGAGCUGUCCGUAUACGUCUAGAAGUGAAUCGUGAACCCGCAGUCUCACAUCCAUUUAGUCGAGCUGCUUUCCAACAAUUGCGCAGCCAUUUAUUGGCAGCUGUAGCACCUACAGCGGCAGCAACAGCGGCAAGACACAACAACGAGGAGGAAGUGGUAGUGGAUCAUGCCCAACCAUUUCCCAACACCAUUCGAGCACGACAACCCCAUUCGAUCCUAUUGGAAGACCACAGUGAUCGUUCAGAAGACGACGAUGAAGAGGAUGAUCUUGUAAAGGCUACUACUCCCACGAAUAAGUUACUGCAACACCAACAUAUACAAGAUCAAUCAUCGCCUCAUACAACCACGGUGCGCGGGUCGCCCGUCGUCAACCAGUCGGAUAUCCAAGAAUGUUGCAUUUGUCUUUAUGCCAUUGCUCCUUUCCAAGCGCUGUUCAUUGCCCCUUGCUCGCACAUUUUUCACUUUAAAUGUCUCCGGCCAAUCCUGUUUCAGAAUUAUCCAGGCUUUUCAUGCCCUAUCUGUCGUACCUAUUCGGAUCUAGAAGCCAGUGUUGCGGUCGAGGUCAGCGACGUCUUGGAAACAUUGGGAUUAUCAUCAUCAGCGCCGCCGAAAGUGGAAGGAAGAGAAGAUGACGAGGAUGAGCAUGCUAGUGGACACAGUACCAACGAGGAUGAUGAUGAAGACCAUCAUCAUCCGCUGCGGACAUAUGCAACCGUACAUGGAGAUGGCCGUCAUGCAUCAUCAUCAGUCAUCUUAGAAGAAACACCAGAACACCAAAACCACCAGCAUCGGCAACCCUCAUCGUCACACGAACAGGAGGAUGAUCAUGAUAAUGAGAACAACCGUGGGCAGGCCGAAUCAGAAGAGGGUGCUCCAGCUGCAGGACAAACAACGCCGGGUGGAUUAUCAGUUCCGAGCCGAGCAUCAUCGCAAAGGAAUGCACAUCACCAUGGCGACGGCUUGUUGUCAACCACAUUGGUUGCUACUCCACCAACAUUCGAGGAGAUGCUCACGGCAUCCAGCAUGUCUCCAACGCAUCGAUAGUAGCUAGUCACAACCUUAUACAUAUUAUACCUUUUAAUCACUUCUCCCCCGUUUCUACAUAAAUGAACAAACAAUUGUAUUAAUGAUUAAAGCUUCUUUUACUAUUACUACUAUACUAUUACAUAUGCAUCAUAAUCACACACUCGUGCAUAUCUACACAACAUCCUUCUUUCCAACUUUCACCGAUAGCCCACAAAUAAAUGAAAAAUGUUGAGCAACAAGCCAAAUUGAGCGAUAUAUUUAUAACGUGUAUUAUUUAGAUGCAUUGGUGACCGGUGUUCGAUACAAUUGAAGAG